AUGGCAAUUCCCCCUGUCCCAGCACUUUUCACGAAACCUCGGACCGCGAUAGCCAAUCCGUAUCCUGAUACCAUCAAUAUCCCAAAGUUUGCUCAGGAUGGCACGAGUGAUUAUGAGGCAGAAUUGGUUGUGGUGAUUGGAAAGUUAGCUCGGGACAUUACCGCCGAACAGGCGCUUAGAUAUAUCCUUGGGUUUACUGCCGCCAACGACGUUUCAGCGCGGGACACACAGAUGAAAACCCCAAUGCCUUGCUUUUCAAAGGGCAUGGACUCUAGCUGUCCUUUGGGCCCUGUUUUGGUCUCCCCGGCCAUUAUUCCAGAUCCCCAGGACUUGCAAAUCGGCGCAAUCUACAAUGGCAAAAAGCUUCAGGACGGUAAUACAAGUGACAUGAUCUUCGGAGUGUGCGAACUCGUCGCAUAUCUGUCCCAAGGGACUACACUAGAACCUGGAACAAUUAUCCUAACUGGAACCCCGCCGGGGAUUGGAAACUUCCGGUCCCCCAGAAUAUUCCUUGGGGAUGGGGAUGAUAUUUGA